AUGUCGAGCACAACACCUACACAUAAGACUAUCACUCCAUUGCAAGAUAUCGAAAGUGAAAUUGACGAUCAAUGGGGAAGCAUUCUGAAUCUAUUUGAUGACCUGCGCAAUGUUAUUCAACCCUCGCCUGACGAAAAGUUGGUACAAACGACAACUGACGAUGACAUAAAGAAGCUUCGUGCUCUUGCUGCUCCCAGCUCUGCGCUUCCACUGAUGGGCGUAGUCAAAGAGGCAUACAAGAUCUUUGACUUCCGUAUGCGUACCAACCAUCCGAUGUUCUUUGGCUUUGUACCAUCAAAUGCAACAUCUCUUGCCUGGCUGGGUGAUGUGUUGGUAUCUGCGUUCAAUACCCAUGUCGGCGGCCACAUUGCAGGCUCCGGACCAAGUACUGUGGAGACGGAACUCAUUGAAUGGCUUGCCUCAAGGAUAUAUUUUCCGCCUUCUUCAGGCGGGAUAUUUGUCUCGGGUGGAUCUGUAGCCAACUUAAUGGCGAUCAUAGUUGCCAGCGAUCAGAUACUCCAGCAGACCGACCGGUCAGGAGGAGUAAUCUACAUUAGCGAUCAGGCUCAUUAUUCUCUGGCCAAGAUGGCACGCAUCCUGGGGUUCAGCGAAAAGAACGUUCGAAGAAUAGCAUCAGACAGCAGGUUUCGAAUGCAAAGCCAAGACCUUGAGCAUCAAAUUAAGCAGGAUCGAGAAAGAGGACUAAAGCCCUUCUUGAUAAUCGGCAGCUAUGGCUGUACCGAGACUGGAGCGAUUGACCCGAUCAAAGAGCUUGCCGACAUCGCUCGAGGGCAAGACAUGUGGCUCCAUGUAGACGGCGCGUUUGGAGCAUCAGCAACUUUGUCAUAUUCCAGGCCACAGCUGGCUAAAGAGCUGUCUCACGCUCACAGUGUCUCAUGGGAUGCCCACAAAUGGCUGUUUCAAACAUACGGCUGUGGAAUGCUUCUGGUACACGAUAAGGCGAAGCUAGCAUCCACCUUUCGUGUCAAAUCUGACUUUAUUGAUCACUCUGGGCGAGUGAAUGGAAACGCAGCCGAGUUCUGGGACCUGGGAAUCGAGUUGACUCGGCCAUCUCGGGCUAUGAGUCUUUGGUUCACUCUCCGGGUUUUGGGCAUUGAGCGUAUUGGAAAGAUGAUUGACAUUGGAAUUGAUUUCACGGAGACAAUGCAACAUGCGUUAGAGCAACUCUCUGACUGGGAGAUUGUGGCCCCCGCCACAUUGGCGAUACUGAAUUUUCGUUAUAACCCCGGCAACAAGACGAACGAAGACUUGAACAAUAUCAAUGCAAGAAUAUCAGAGGCUCUAGCUGAUUACAAUGAUGCAGCAAUUUUUACAGUUCAGCUGCGAGGUAAAACGGCUCUUCGGAUGUGUUGCAUCAAUACCAAGUUGGUUGAUGAAGAUAUUGCGAAUUUGGUGACAUUUCUCAAUCAAACGGUAGCUGGUCUUGAUGCACAUUGUGGGACUCACGAUUGA